AUGGGAAGAAUUCUUUUAUUCAUUGCUCUCCUUAUUUUUGGAGUUUCUCAGGUUUUUGGUACAAAGUGUUACGAUUGUCGCGAUCAAAGCUCCGACGGUUCCAGUACGAACUGUGCAGAUUUGGUGGAUGUUUCGAAAAUAAAAAAAGUCGAUUGCGGAAGUAACCAGCAGUGUUAUACAAUGAAGGUGGACUUGCAAAUAGACGGUCUGAAUCAAACAGUUCAAACGUCAAGAGGAUGCAUUUCAAAAAGUUUAACAGACUGCAAUUCUAUUUUUCCAUUUCCAUGGACUACAAUAACUUCCUGCGAUAUUUGCGACAAGGACUAUUGCAAUAAUUCAGUGAAGCUUACUGGAAAGAUCUAUGCUGUUCUACCCAUGAUUAUUUCCCUCCUGAUUGCUAAGACGGCAUUUUAAAUUAUCAAUCAAAAAUUGAAUUAUUAAUCGAAAUAUUUUUUUUUAAAUAGAUAAAUUAGCUUAAAAUUAUGGUUUUUGCAAAUUGUGAAAUUCUCUAAGGUAAAUCUAUUUUAAACAGAAUGAAAAGACAUUAUCAGAAAAUUUUUUGAAAUAAAGGAAAAUAAAAAAAAGUAUUAAAAUUUUCCUGGAAAAAUAAUAGAGA